GAGCCCCUGGAAAGGCAAGGGGAGGUGAGGUGAGGCGAGGCUUGGUGAGUGGACGGUGCGGGCAGGUUGCUGCGCAGCCCCAUCCAGGUGCCGUGCCAUCGAGGGCCACUCCGUGCCCCCGGCUAGGCCCCGCGCGGUGCAUGGCGGGCUCUGGCCAGGUGGGCUUCCCCCGGCGCAAGAACAGCCGCCUGGAUUCCUUCCUGAAGCGGCACCUGCGGCAGGAGGUGUACGACUCCAUCCGCGCCUACGAGCUCUGCAUCGUGGUCUCGGACACUGAACACAGGACCUUCAAGUACGUGGUGCUCAGCGACCGGCUCAUCUACCUGACCGAGAACCCGCCCCGGGCCAUCCGCGGGGUCGUGGCUCUCAAGGACGUCCAGGCCAUUGAUCUGAUUGAUGACUAUCCAGACUUUUUGAAUGGACCCGAAAGAGAAAUUAACCAACAUAUUCGCAUAGUCUAUUCUUUAUCCACUUUGAAAAAUUCCUGGGGAAAUGUAAAAGGGGCCAGGAAAUUGCUGUUUCCAUUUCCUCGCUCAAAAGCAAACAAAAAAGUCAAGGAAAAGAAUGAAGACCCUUCCUGCCAGGUGUCAGCGGGACCCAGUAUAGAAUCUGGAAGUCUAAAUGAUUCAUUUCUCAGCUCCAGGUACAACCAAGAAAGCUGUUCAGCAAUGCCCAGUGCCUCAACUCUGCAUCAAGACUCUAAGUUGAAGAAAUUGCCUGAUGGUGACUCAAGUGCCUUUCGACCCUUGCCCAUCCCCUCAGAGAAGAGCUGUUCAUCUAUAGUAUCCAAUGGCAUCUUAGGCAGUAGCCUCUCAUCAGUGACAAAUCACACAGAAAAUAACCUAACCUGUGUGGUAAACACAAAAGAACUCUUGACAGUGUCAGAUGAGAAAAAUCCUCAGAGUGAAAUCCAGUUGAAAUCCAGUGGGACUGGAAAUGACUUCUCUUCUGGAAAUACCUCUAGUAAUCUCAUUUUACCUGGCAACCCAAACCUGGAGAAGAAGGUGUCUGAGCUCCACCUGUAUAUUAUUUCUACUACCUCACCAAUGUUUCUACACUUAAAAAGUUCAUGGAACAAUUAUAUCAUACAAGCCACCCUUUUACAAGAUCCACAGUAUGCUAGCAAGUUCAAUUCUACAACUGGAAGUCAGAAGCCAUAUAGGUCUGAAGAGAUGAUUAAACUAUUCAGUCAUCUGAAAUCUGAACUCUUUCUUAAAGACAAUACAUUAGGACGGAUAGCCUGCUUAACGGAAGAACUUAAAGUAGCAGCCCAGAGAAAUUUCAUUGUCAGAAAGCUUUUCUGGAAAACUAGCGACCUGUACUAUUUCUUAGUGAGCAAAGUUCAUGAGUAUUUGCCCAAACCUCAGGAUCCCAAUGAAUUCCAGAAUAAAAGCCAAAGGAUCGGUCAGCUGGAGGCUUGCAUUCAGAUCAUACAGACUCUGGGACUGAUGUUCAGAGAAACGGAAACAGAGAUAGCACGCCUGAACACUUUAGUUACUAAACGGGGAACACUAAUUACUCUUUUGAUCAUUUUAAUUAGUGAACCUGAAAUGCCCAAAUCUUGUCCUGUGUUUGAUAUCCAGCUGAAGCCUGAUUCAUCUUUAGUAGAGAUGCCCUUUGAUGCGGAGUUACAGAAACUUCUGCUGGAAUACACACAGACAGCAACCGCCCUCUUAUAUGAAAUACUGCUUGUUUCUCUCCAGGGAAACCUGGGAUUGGGAUCUAGAAAGUUUGCUAUCAGUUGGAUAAUGUCCCUUCUGCAAAGCUUCCCACCCACUAUCUCAUUUGUGGCCAGCAUUGUGAAGCAAGUGAUGAAGGAGCUUUUCUCAUCCUUGCAACUUCUGAGCCCAUGCCAAGCUGUACUUUUGUACCAACAGUUCUAUAUCCUCAAAUGCUGCUUGCAGCAUAGUAGCAUUCUGGCUGAAUACAUUAGGAACAACCACAAAGAAGAAUUCAGGUACUUUGUUCACAUGCCAACUUUGAAAAAAAGACUCCCAGUGUGUUACCCCAUUACGCAGAUCACUACUCAGCUCAUCCAUGAAGUUCUGGACCUGGUUGAACAAGAACAGUGUGUGACAUGUUGAUAAUAGAAACGACUAGCUUAAAACUUUGAAGAAAUUCACAUUUCCAUUCCUAUUAAAUACAUUCCGGUUAUUAAUUUCAAA